AUGGUGGUGAAUCGGAAACAUUCGCUGAGGAGGAGGAAGGGGCAAUUCGCGUCUUUUGAGGUUUCUGGUGAUGAGACAAGGCGAGGACAGUCUGGGUCUUCGCUGGAAACCGAAGAUGAUUUUGUGUCCUCGACGCGGGGUCUUCGGCGUGAGGUGCUGCCUCGAAGUCUGAGCGGUCUGUCUGGCUUUGUCGCGGGAUCGAUUGGUGCUGCAACUGAAGCACCUGCUGAGCUGUAUCUGGGGCGUAAUGUACAAAACGCUGUCAACGCACCUGAUGGUAGUGCUGCACAAUGCACGAGUCCUUACAAGCCCCUCGACUUGAACGAGAUCCGGCUCAUUGAGAUUCUCCCAGGAAUCCUCGAAGAUUCCAUUGAACUGAUCAUCAGAACCGUUGAUUUGGGAACGCAACCGCAAUACGAAGCCUUGUCGUAUGUCUGGAAACCUCAGGAUGGCUCCAUCGACCCAACUAGGAUUCCCAAGUCCGUCACUAUCAAGAGUCUGAAUGGCGUUGCAAUACCCAUUAGUGCCAAUCUCGAUGUAGCUCUCCGUCAUCUACGCAAUGAACACCAUGCUCGGACACUAUGGAUAGAUGCUAUUUGUAUUAACCAAGAAGACUCUACAGAAAGAAACCAGCAGGUCAGCCUCAUGGGCAAGAUAUAUUCUUUAGCAAAGCAGGUACUCGUCUGGCUUGGACCCUCAUCUGCUGGCUGGAACGAUUCCGACUUUGCCAUGGAUACCAUAGCGAGCGGUGACCUACGAGAGAACGAUCUUACCAAACUUCUACACGGCCUGGAAAAUCUUCUCAGUAGAGACUGGUUUACGAGGGUCUGGACUGUACAAGAACUUGUCCUUGCACACCAUGACCCCGUCAUCAUUUGUGGCUCUCGCUCCUUGAACUGGACUAUAUUCUUAUCUGCUAUAGGCUUAGUACGCGAUCGCAUAGUAGGUUUGCAAUCAACGCACUCCGUCUCAUAUCCUGCUGCUUUCCAGUACCUUCAAUAUGAAACAAUCAUCAAGAGUGACUACUGGCGAAUGUCUCGGCAAUCAAGAGCAGGCGUUUUGACCGAAUUUCCGAAACAACUUCGACAUACGAUCUAUCUGCAGGCGAGCGAUUCUCGCGACCGUGUGUUUGGCUUGCUCGGAAUAUCCGUUUUC